UAAUAUGAAAAGUGCCUAUCCCCAAGUGUCUAAUGAAAUGUAGCCUGAUGUAACGAUGUGCUCGAUAUAUACCUUUUCGUUUAAUCGAACGGGUGCAACCUUGAAGAGUACUUGAAGAAUUCGGGGUCGUAAUUGUCUCACUUAGUUAUUUUUGCCGGAAUUACGUUCAUAGGGUCUGAACACGCUAAGCAGUGCCUAGCACUGCCUGCACUACCUUCGCGCGUGACAUUUAUAUCACGACCAAGGUGUUAAAGUUUCCUACAAAUCUAUCAAAUCGAAGGAUGUCUUAGUGGCAUAUAAAUUAAAGAAGGAUUGCUUCCCUGCGAUGAUUCUGGAUCAUUUUGAAAAUAACUAGUUUUUUUAUAUAAUUUUAUCUAUUUGGACGGCAAGAAGCAAAGAUUAAAUCGACAAAUCGUGUUCUUUUAGAGGAAGAGUUACAGCUGUUAAGUCAGGUGGGUUUCCCGCAAAAGAGAUGCGUCAAUCACUUGACACCGAGUGAAGUGCACGAGGAAACGCGCGGAGUUUGGCAAAAUCGAAUGCAAAAUCUAAGCAUCUCGUGCUCCCUGGUGUGCCUGAUCAUUUUAGGAUGCGCUGCACUUAUAGGAUUUUUCGGACUGUGCAGGCAUCAGAUAUCGGCCGUCCUCGUGACAGGAGUGAUGUACCUCCUUGCAGCAACAUUCGCGCUGUUCACGCUCACAAUCAUCCACUUCAAGAGGGCCCAGGACCGCGGGACCAAACCCAUAACGGACGGGCCUGAGGACGGCGUGAUCGGCAUGCCCGUUCUUCGCAGCAUCCUCAAGGCCAGGCGAGUCACCACCGCGUGGAGCAUGGACCUGGGAUGGGGUGGGGUCACCCUCUGUGCCCUCGCGUCGGUAGCCUGGAUCCUCCUCAGUAAAAUCAUGCGCUUCAGCCCAAUCGCUGCCAUGAUAGCGUAGCAGUGGGAAGCCUUCGAGGUCUAAGGUCGUUUCUGAGAGUCACGACAUUUCGAUGCUCCGCGUUCCUUUCGGGUAACACUCUUUUUGAUGGAUGUAUCAAGUUGGCGCAAUAGAUUUGUUCCACGAUCAAGUCGGGCUUUAAUCCUCUACGAGACAUAUUUUCAGACGUUUCUUAAAAAACGGUGUGAUUUCGUCUUUAUAACUUUACUUAGCAAAUACAACAAACUGUUUGCACCAACUUAAUAAAUCUCGAGUGUUUAAUCUCCCGCUAGGAACUUGCUAGAUUCCAAAAGUAUGAAUAUCCGAGAUUUAGGAUAUUCUUCGUGCCUAGGAAUUGAAAGCUUCUGAAACCUCGAAAAGGAUCGCAAAUUGGAGCGACUGUAGAUGAUACUCUUGAGGAAGUUGAGUCCAGAAAUGACCACCUCGAAGGCGACCAUCGCCAGGUGCCUAUUUCGUAUAAUUUAUCUCGUUCGCAUCAAUAUUCAUUGUUCCAACCGAAGGAACGUGAGUUCAUCAAAAAGUAAAAAAAGAUUUGAUUAGAGCGUACAAUUGAUCGAUCGACGCUUUGUAGAAUCACUGCCAAUUUGCUA